AUGGUAAUUGUGAUUGUCUUGACUCUCCAGAGCAAGAGCAGCAUCCGAAGUGCCACAUCCCUCUAUAUGUUCACUCUUAACUGCAACCACGUCACUGUCGCUGAUGGUCUUUUUGCUGCUCUAAGGAACAAGCAGCAGUCCAACUAUUACAGAACUGGCGACACCUAUGGCAUUGGCUUCACAACCUCUGAAAUCAACAUUUUGACUGACUAUACCACUGACCAAGUGAAAGAAUGUCCCCAGAUAAUAUUGUCCAACUUGCACGAGUGGUGCUAUGGUGAUUACACUCUUAGCGAUAAUGACGACUUCGACAGCUCUAAUAAGGAGUUGAACUACUUUUCAAAUAAAAACUUUACAAUUACUGAAUGCUAUUCGCUAAACAACACUUUUUUCAACUACGUUCAAAUGCUAGAUUACAUCGACUUGACUAUCAUUCUAGAUUACGCCUAUAAUGGCGAUUUUUCCAACGAAAACUCAGACUAUGCAAAAUUAACAGCUACUCUAAACAAAAAUAAGCCAACAUUGUUGACUUUAUCAGACAUUGGCUUGUCUUCAAAUUGUGCCUUGAUUAUCUUUGCAUUUUGCAUUUUUUUUUUCAGAAAUCAACAAAAAGUUAAAAAAGUAUUAAAACAUGUAUGUGGUUUGCUUUCACUUGUUUCUUUGGCAACAAUAUGCCCUUCAUUUAUUUUGAUAUACAUUCAAUCCAUUCAAGUAAAACGACAAAUUCAACAAGAAUUGAGUGAUUUUGGAAUAUGGCUACACAUGGGUCGUCGAUGGUUUAUUUUAUCAUGGACCUGUUUUACUCUUGCUGUGCUCUCCUUUGGAAUCUGGGGCUUUACAACUUGGCUCAUCUUACCCAGAGAUCAAUCCCCAGAUACAUAUCACAAUUCUAUAUCUCUUGAUCACAACUAUUCCUAUGAAAAUCGUCACGAAGGUACUUCCAAGUCUCAUACCACCAACAAUCCAACCCUCAUAAGCUUUAAAAGUCAUUCUCCAGAGAAUUCAAAAGUUAACGUUAACGUAAAAGUGCUAAACUCUUCAACAUCUUCUGUUGAUAAAUAA